UUGUUCCGCUGCUGAGUUGAACGGACUGUGUGCAGGUCAGAGGGAGAUGGACAGCUGUGUGGUUCUCAUUCUUCUGUCCUCCACAGUUUCACUCACCACAGCUGACACUGUGAGGUUGUUGGAUGGUGGCAGUCGCUGUGCUGGGAGAGUGGAGGUUCUUCAUGAUGAUCAGUGGGGAACAGUGUGUGAUUAUAACUGGAAUAUUAGUGAUGCUGCAGUGGUGUGUAGAGAGCUGGGUUGUGGAGAAGCUGUAGAUGCACUAAGCACAGCUCACUUUGGACCAGGAUCAGGACCGAUCUGGAUGGAUGAUGUGGACUGUAGCGGGUCAGAGUCUACACUGAUGAACUGUACAUUCCCAGAAUGGGGUGAUAGUUACUGUAGUCAUGAUGAUGAUGCUGGAGUCAUUUGUUCUGGAGGAGUCAGGCUGGUUGGUGGUUCUCACUGCUCUGGGAGAGUGGAGGUGCUUCAUGGAGAGACCUGGUCCACAGUGUGUGAUGCUGGCUUUGACCAGCAGGAUGCAGAGGUUGUGUGUCGAGAGCUGGGCUGUGGACUUCCUGUGGAGGUGCUGGGAGCAGCUACUUUUGGCAGAGGGGAGGGUCAGGUGUGGUCAGAGGAGCUUCAGUGUAGAGGCAAUGAAUCUGAGAUUUCCUUCUGUCCAACAUCAUCUUCACUCAAUCAAAACUGCACUCAUGACAGUGAUGCAGGACUAGUGUGUGCUGUCAGUGUAAGGUUGAUGGAUGGUGGCAGUCGCUGUGCUGGGAGAGUGGAGGUUCUUCAUAGAGGACAGUGGGGAACAGUGUGUGAUGAUAACUGGGAUAUGAGAGAUGCUGCAGUGGUGUGUAGAGAGCUGGGCUGUGGAGAGGCUGUAGAUGCACUAAGUGAUGCUCACUAUGGACCAGGAUCAGGACCAAUCUGGAUGAAUAAUAUGAGCUGCAGUGGAUCAGAGACUACACUGAAGAACUACAUUGUGAGGUUGGUGGAUGGUGGCAGUCACUGUGCUGGGAGAGUGGAGGUUCUUCAUGAUGAUCAAUGGGGAACAGUGUGUGAUGAUGAGUGGGAUUUGACAGAUGCUGCAGUGGUCUGUAGAGAGCUGCGCUGUGGAGAGGCUGUAGAUGCACUGAGUAAAGCUCCCUUUGGACAAGGAUCAGGACAGAUUUGGAUGAAUGAAGUGCACUGUAGUGGAUCAGAGUCUACACUGAAGAACUGCAAAUCAGCAGGAUGGGGUAAACAUAACUGUAAUCAUGGUGAAGAUGCUGGAGUCCUCUGCUCAGGUCACAGAAAGUCCAGACUUACUGGUGGUUUCCAUCUGUGCUCUGGGAGAGUUGAAGUGCUUAAUGUGAAGACCUGGUCCACAGUGUGUGAUGCUGGCUUUGACCAGCAGGAUGCAGAGGUUGUGUGUCGAGAGCUGGGCUGUGGGCUUCCUGUGGAGGUGCUGGGAGCAGCUGUUUUUGGCAGAGGGGAGGGUCAGGUGUGGUCAGAGCAGCUUCAGUGUAGAGGCAACGAAUUUCAGAUUUCCUUCUGCCCAACAUCACCUUCACAUAACUGCACUCAUGACAAUGAUGUGGGCCUGGUUUGUGCUGGUCACACUCAGGCUCGACUGGCGAAUGGCUCUGAUUCCUGUUCUGGUCGAGUGGAGCUCCAGUACCUCAGUGAGUGGGGCUCAGUCUGUGAUGUUAAUUGGGAUAUGAAAGCUGCCAGUGUCCUCUGUGAUCAGCUGAAGUGUGGGAGUGCUGUGGCUAUGUUGGGGUCAGACUGGUUUGGGGAGGGGAGUGGCCAGAUCUGGGCUGAUGUGUUUGAUUGUCAGGGGAACGAAACACACCUGUCAAAAUGUCCCAUUUCAUCAUGGAGUCGAACUGCAUGCUCUCAUAAACAGGAUGCUGGAGUCAUCUGCAGUGGUUCCUCUCUGGCGUUACAUGAGGGGCGAGUGCGGUUGUCUGGUGGGAUGGAGUGUGAAGGGGAGGUGGAGGUGUACUUCAUGCAGGACUGGAGGAGAGUUCUGCUGGACUCCUGGAGUGAGCCCAAGGCCUCUGUGGUCUGCAGACAGCUGGGCUGUGGCUCUGUGUUCAACUUUUCCAGCUCCUCCAGCUCCUCCAGACACAUGUGUGUGGUGGAUUCCAAUUGUUCUGGGAGUGAAGCUCAUCUGGGGAACUGCAACAGCACAGAAACAGUAAACUGCAGCUCCAGAGAACAGCUCUCAAUCACCUGCUCUGGGGGAGACUGUGCAGGAAGGCUGGAAGUUUUCCACAACGGCUCAUGGGGGACAGUGUGUGGUGACUUGUGGGAUAUUGAGGAUGCGCAGGUGGUUUGUAGACAGCUGCAGUGUGGAGUGGCCCUCGGUGCUCCAGUACCAGCCCAGUUUGGACCAGGAACUGGACCCAUAUGGCUGAAUGAGGUGGAGUGUGAGGGAAACGAGACGUCCCUGUUUAACUGCAGAUUUCAGCUGUGUGGAGAGGAUGAAUGUGGACACAAGGAGGAUGUAGGAGUCAUGUGCUCAGAUCACCUGCCUCUCAGGCUGAGGGGAGGAAAGGGAAUCUGCUCAGGGAGGCUGGAGGUGUAUCAUAAUGCUGAGUGGGGCUCCGUCUGUGGUGAUCUGUGGGAUAUCAGGGAUGCUCAAGUGGUCUGCAGGCAGCUGGGCUGUGGGCCGGCGCUGAGUGCUGAUGGGAGUGCUGUCUUUGGUGCUGGUAAAGGGCCUAUCUGGCUGAACAGAGUGAAGUGUAGAGGGAAUGAGAUUCACCUGUGGGACUGUCCUCGUUCUCUGAAGAACCACACUGACUGCUCCCACAGGCAGGACGCUGGAGUCACCUGUGCAGUUGGUCAGACAGUGAAGGGAACAAACAUUCCUCCACAAACUCCUCCAGCAGCUGUUCCGUUCAUUUAUCCAGCGUCUCUCCUGGUUCUGGGAGCGGUGCUCUUCCUGGCCUUAGUGCUUCUGGUUGUGCUGUUUUACCAGAACAGAGUGCUCAGGAGAGGGCUCUCUAAGAGGAUGGAGAACAUAGUCUAUGAAGGCCUUAGAAGAGGGCUUGAGGGAGUCUAUGAAGGCUUGAGUAGGGGCACUGAGAGAGUCUAUGAGGAGAUUUACUGCAGAUUCAAUACUGCAAGAGCCACUCAAAGGGGAAGUCUCCUCUCUGAAGCGCAUCAUUCAGGAUAUGAGGAAGUGGAUGAGGAGCUCCUCUCAGGAAGUGUCCUCUCUGAGGAACAGCAUUCAGGAUAUGAGGAUGUGGAUGAGGAGCUUCUCUCAGAAACGUCUCUGACUGGAGUGAAAUCAGAAUAUGAUGAUGUCACCACCAGUGGUCUGAUAUGUGAAGCAGAAAACGACAACAUAGCAGAUAACUAUGAUGAUGUCAUCACAGCUAGACAGAUCUCUGGGAGUGUCAUAGAGGACGUAGCAGAUUAUGAUGAUGUCAUCACUGCUGAUCAGAGCUCAGCUGUUGAAACAGAAGACAUGACAGAUAUCUAUGAUACUGUUACUGCUGGACCAAACUCCAACAUUGUGACAGAAUGGUGCGACAGUCCAGAUGCUCAAAACUAA